AUGGCUGACAAGCGAUUUGAGCCUCGAAUACCCAAACAAGCUGCGCUGGAGAAACUCAAAGCUGCCGUCAAAACAAUGGAGCAGCUUUACGUUUUUGACCGUAACGAAUGGAAACGUAAGGCUCAGCCUCCACAGCCGAUCACGGGCAGCCACGUGCUAUCGCUCAUCGCCCGUGAGGAGCAGGGAGCUGAAGAAGAAACAACAGCGGAGCCUGAAACAAGUGAGGAAGGAGUGGUAAAUGUCAUACGUAUUCCCCACACUAAUGAGUCAGCGCAACGCAAAACCUUCAGCAACAAAAGCAACCUUCACCUUCAACCUAGUGCGGUUGCCAGCCCUGCGCUACAAAGUUUGGCUUUGAAAAGCUCCAAGAUGCCAGCUGCACCUUUUUCUGUAAAAAUACAACCUGGAAUUCAAGGACGGGCGGAACAGACAAAGGUCCAAGUCGGUCCGACUAACCCCACCGUCACACAAAGCGACUCGGAGAACUAUUUAUCCAUACCGGGCCUGGUGUGCACCAGUGAGGUCAGUGUGGCGAACAAGGAAAUAGCUUACGCAGAUAUGAAGCCAAAAAUCAGCCAACAGAAUGAUGUGAAGACCCCUGAGCACAAAAGGUUAUUAAUGGCUGAUUGCCCAGCUUCUUUGGUCUACCACCAACCUGCGGUAGUCCCACAAACACAGCAAGUGUUGUGUUUCUCACCCCCUUUUGCCACUCUGUCACCUCCACCUAUGACAGGAGAGACUCACCUUCAAACAGCGCGCAAAAUGCUCCUUGACCCCACCACGGGGCAUUAUUACCUAGUUGACACGCCUAUCCAGACCACCACAAAGCGACUAUUUGACCCAGAGACAGGCCAGUAUGUGGACGUUCCACAUUCACCCGUGCCGCCCAUCGCCCCCGUCACCCCAGUGCCCCUCACAUUGCCACCCCUGGCCUUGAGCCCGGGAGCCAUCGCACCCACAUAUGUGGUCUACCCUGGAAUCAUCCCCACGCCCGCUCUGCAAGCUCAGGCCUUGCCGCCGUCCCCAAGUCAUACUGAAGACAGAGAAAAGUUGAAAAAUACAUACGCAAAGCAGGAAUUGAGCGUGCCGUUGGCAGAGAGCCCCUACUACAGUGCUACAGCAGAAGCCCCGCUGGGACAUAUGAAGCCCUCCUCGGUCAUAGGAGGCAGGAAACCGAUUAUCAGCAUCACGACGCAACAAGGUCCAAGAAUCAUCGCCCCGCCUUCCUUCGAUGGAACAACAAUGAGCUUUGUGGUUGAGCACAGAUGA